GCCAAAAGCAAAGACUGCGAUUCACUGUUCAGUCACAAGAGACCCUCAAGCACCGGCAGCGCGGUGCUAUGGCAGCCGGGACUCCUCAUCUCCUUUCCGCUGCACUUGACCAUUGUGCCAUGUUAGGGCUGUCUCCAUUGUUGCGGCAACGCCGUCGGAAUCACGCUCUGUCAUCUCAAUCCACGACCGCGACCUUCCCACUCUCCAUGUGCCCGAACCGAGAUCGGUCGGUUUAUGCGCCCUCACCGCCCUGAGAUGACCAAUACCAGGCCAAACUAAACACUUGAGCAUUAAAUACACCUCUAGAAAAUGCUGGGAAGAUUGAUACAGGGAUACGCGCGAGGUGGUCAGCUCGAAAGUGCUACGGAAGAGUCUCAUACCCGCGCGCUUCUCUGGCCGGAACUUCAGUACGACGGGCGGGCGCAAUCUGUUUCGCCGCCCUCCACUCCAUUUGGAUCCCCCAGCUUCCGCGUUUCCCCCUUUGACGAUCGGGCCGGGUUAGAGCUGAACGAAUCAAAAGAUUUGAGACUGAUCAUUGCUCAAGAUGCAUUCGGCACGAAUGAUCGGCCUCUGGUGCUGUUGGACACGCACAACCUGGAGCCUUCGUCUUCUGGAUCCUCAUCCCCAAAGACGUUUGGUUCAUUGUUCUCAAGCGACAUAGGAUCCCGUAACACACCUAGCUCACCUGUCACGGGCCAUGCGAGAAACAGAAGCUCCACGGUAUCGGGCGCGUCAGCUUCAUGGACGCGCCCUAUCAAGGAACAGGACACGACCGACCAUCUGAGCAAUAUUCUCGACUGUAUGUUCGGUGUUACUAGCGCGACAAAGUCGGGCUCGAGUACUAAAAUGCAUCUUUUACCUGGCGAUCGGAGUACUCCCACAGAGAUUAGUCCACGAACUACUGCAACCGCUACGAGUCCGGCUGCUGCACGUACGCCGCUAAUGAGGGUCAGGACCGCUACACAUACCAUGAAUGCAGGCCGUCCACCAUCGUCUCCUAAGGAAGCAGACGUAGAGUCUCGUGACUCGAUACUCAUUACUCGGAUGUUUCCAGUCACCUUGCCCGAUAGUCAAGAUGAUGUGAGACAGCACCGAAGCUCCAACGCGGGCAAUGCUGAUCCAUCCAGCGCGACAUCUCCUGUGAAAGAUCAGCUAGAGUCACCUGGUGUGCAGGGAAAGAAGCCCAAGCUGGUGGAGAAGAAGACGCCUGUUUACGGCGCUGCUCUCCUGUGCUAUCUGCCGCGUCCUGGAGAUGCGCGACCAGGGACCUCCACCGCUCGGCCAAUGUCGAGAGCUUCAGCAAUGGCGUCUUCCUACCCUAACUCUUACGGCUCGGACUCUCUUUCGUCCUGGACCAUCCUGAGUGCCAUUCCUGAUCAUCUAUCGUCUCCAGAAACAUCAGCUCAGUUCAAUGACCAGAGCAUUGAAGUGAUCGUCAAAAACUGGGACGUUAUAUUGAGGAGUCUGGUCGUCGUUGAGAGAGCGGCUCGUGCUCGGAUAUGUGACCUUCUGCAGGAGGUCAACUCAGCGAUGAUUUUCUCCGCCGCAAAGGCACCCAAAGGCCCUUCAGAGCAACGUACCAACCAACGCAAUGUCUAUCUGCGCUCCUCAAAUGCCCUGGUCCGGGACAGUGCGCUCCAAAACGUGGUCAAGCACGCCUUGUGGAGGGUUUCUUAUGCCCUACGUAUUCCCCGUGUGGCCUCAGGUUUCGGUCUCGACUAUGGUGGCCCUUGGCUUGAUGAGGCGAGAUAUCUCGUCCGUGUCUGUGGAAACAAGCAGCAAAACUUCUUUCUUUUCAACCUCUUGACUGCCUUUUUGGGCAAUCAUACCGACUGGCUCGAAUGCAUUGGGCCUGACAGGUAUCGGAAGCAAUUCCGAGCAAUGAACAAAGUACGGACUAGACCCUGCAAUUUCGCGGCUCGGACCGUCAUUAUUUGUGACAACCGGUCAAUGGCACGUCGUCUUAUCUUCCUGCUUGCCUCAUUCUUACCGCGGUCAUACAAUGUGGAUGCGCUUGCAAGACUUGGCCAUGGGUUGAUGUCGCCAUUGUCCACACCUGACAUCGGCACCUCUUCACCCAUCAGCAGGCUUGCAGGUGAGGGAUCGAUGCGCCGGCAUGGUUAUGCCAAGUCCCGUGACGGCAGCGCGAUGCUUUCCCGUCGUGAUGUUUCUGCUCUCUCCACAAGUGCCUCAUCCACUGACAGCACUUCUGGCACCGGGCGGCCAUUCCGGGAAGGUUUCCAUCCAAUCCUUUUCAAAUCUGAUGGGGAGCCGGGCCCUAGGAAACAUCCAUCUCUCUUUUCACCUGGCGAGCGGCCAAGCCACCUCCACAAAACAAACGCCACGAAUUCUGGCGCGACAUCUAAUGCUGGAACGCCUGUCCCACACUUUUCGAGCAAACAUGACAGUUACUUCCCUGAGGGGGCGGUCGCUGAUGGAGAUAGUGGUGGUGCAAGCGCAGAUUUAGCCCGAAUACUCCGUCGAGAUAGUACGAGCCAUCCCCAUACGGCGGCCUCGAGCAUCAACUGGGGCUCCCUGAUGAGUAAUAUGAGCGGACUGUGGGGUAAAAAACAACCAUCAUCGUCCUCCCGAAACGAGACCGCUCCCAGCAGUUUGCGGGAUCGUCGAAAACAUGCGCCCAAAACAUCUCCAGUCUAUGGCCUCCAGCCCCACUAUUUGCAGCAAAUGGUGGACGAGGCCGCCGACCUGACCAUGACCCAGCCACCAACCAGACCUGACGAACGUCCUGUCGAGCCGCCAGCUGAGUCCGCGCCUAGUGACGUCCAACCGCCACGAAUGCGUGUGGAUGACAAGGACGGAGUUGUCGAUGUCGACAUAAAUCUUCCCGGGUUCAUUAGCUGGGACGAGAGCAAAGGGCCCCUUAGCCCCUCUAUACGGCACGACUCACCAACCAGGUUUAGCACCGACGGUGCUGCCUCGUCGUAUAGCUCCAGAUCGACCAGGUUUCGUAGCGCCGAUUCGCGUACGACAAAUGUCGCAGGGUACCUGAGGCGUUACCACGAGGAUUUUAUUCUUCAAGGUGUCAAACCGUAUCCCGAGUUACAUGAUGAAAUCAAGCAAAGCAUGUCACAGGAGCCCGCUCUCGACGACGACAGUCUCGGCUCUUUCCCAGACGAAGAAGCGGACGGCAAGCUCUGGGUCAACGUUUGCUCUACCCUUCUCGUUGAUUCCCGGACAUUUUUCAUCGAACGCUUGACUUUGCAGCGGAGGGUGUCUCGCAACCGCACCGUCGUUUCACAUGCCGACUCUAGCUCACUGGCUCCCACGGGUAACACCUCAAUCACCGCUCCUCAGCUGAAUGUUUCAGAUCCUAUGGAAGAACGUUUCGUUACAGAGCCAGUGAUGGAUUUUGACAGUACUUUGACCGAUGCCAUCGAGCGCGUUCUCAACGAGGGUUAUCCUUCCAAGCAGGACAUACCAAACCCAGCCCGAGCUCACUCAAGGGCCUUGUCUGUGGGAACGACUGCAUCGGCCAGGACCGAGCCGCUGGAGAUUUCUGGUUCCAGCAAAUCCAAGAAAUGGUCUCAUCUUUCUACAUUGUCACAAGCCGAUUGCCGACAAGCAGUCGUUGGGGCAUUGGAAGACGUCGUUAGGAGCGUCAGUGGUGAUUUGACCAAACAUCAACGCACGCGACACGUGGAUAGUCAUUCCAGGUUGGAUGGUGACAGUUUCGCUCAUGGAGUGAAGCAGGACAAUGUCCUACGUGAAGGAGUCAAGAAGUGGCUUCUCAAUAUUGAAACUCAGAAUGUCUGGUAAAAUGCACCAGGCUGGACAUAUCAUGACUUAUGAACAAAGGGCACAGGACGACCGUUGUGCCUACCGAGAUACCCUGUGAAUAGAUGUAAGAUUAGGGCCAAGAUAGAGAUUGACUAGAUGUACAAUAGCUUAUGCAGCUUAGAAAUGAACUGAACAUGCAAGAAAUGUGUCUUUAGGCCACCGCUCUUUUCAGUCGCGACUCGGGGAUUGGAAGUUGGAAGUUGGACGUGUCAACCACGAACUUGAACUCGAAUGCGACGUCGAAAGAGGCGCAUCACGUGGUAGGCUUGGCAUUGUUAU